CUCCAUUUCCCCCGGCUGGGGGUUCUCCACUCCUGUGCUAUUCCCUGUGUCAGCCUGUGCCUCCAGAUCAGGUAAGCUCUAGGAAGCCCCCAACUCCAAAGGGAGAUACUGACAGAGCUAGGAAUUAGAAUCUAGGAUUCCUGACUCAUUUUUUCAUCCUCUAGGAGUAAAAAGUGGUGUUUCUCAAAGUUCCAAAUUUGGGAAGGAAUCAUUUAUUUAGGAAAUCUAGAAAUACAAUGGAAAAAGUUCUGUACUGGGAGUCAGUAGUCUUAGGUACCAGGCCUGGCUCAAUGUGAGGCCAUGGGGUGAGUCCCUAAUCCUAAAUCCAAAAAAAAGAAUACUCGCCAGCAACCAGGUGCCUGACUAAGGAGAUACUCUGAGGUCCUCCCUGUUACUCUACGGUUCUUGUUCCCACUGAGUAGCCUUAUGUCUCCUAUCCUUUCCCUCCUGCAGGACCCUGAGGGGAACAAGAACAUGUCUCCUGCCAUUGCACUGGCCUUCCUGCCACUAGUAGUGACCCUGCUGGCCCGAUAUCGCCACUACUUCCGGCUAUUGGUGCGGGCUGUGUUACUUCGGGGGUUCCGUGAUUGUUUGACAGGGCUACGGCCUGAGGAGCGUGCCUUCAGCUAUGUGCUGACGAAUGCUCUUCCUGGAGACCCCAGCCACAUCCUUGCCACCUUUGACCACUGGAGCAGCCGCUGCGAGUACCUGGCCCACCUGGGACCUCUCAAAGGUCAGAUCCUGACCCGCCUAGUAACACAACAGGCCCCAGAAUGCGUGCUAGAGCUGGGUACCCGCUGUGGCUAUGCUACUCUGCUCAUUGCUCAGGCCCUGCCUCUAGGCAGCAGGGUCCUCACUAUUGAGAUGGACCCUCGGACUGCAACUGUGGCAGAAAAAGUCAUCCGCCUGGCAGGCUUUGAUGAGUGCAAGGUGGAGCUGAUUGUGGGGUGCUCUGAGGAGGUGAUCCCCCAUCUACGGGCCCAAUACAAACUCCAUCAGGCUGGACUGGUGCUACUGGGGCACCGGCCUCGCUGCUACCUGAAGGACCUACAACUCCUAGAAGCCCACGCUCUGCUGCCCACCGGUGCCACUGUGCUGGCAGAUCAUGUGCUCUUCCCUGGGGCACCACGCUUCCUGCAGUACACCAAGGCCUGUGGUCGCUACCGCUGUCGUCUCCACCACACUGGACUUCAGUACUUCCCUGCCAUCCGUGAUGGUUUGGCCCAACUCACUUACUUGGGGCCAGGCUGAGGAAGGUCCAUUCUUCUUAGGAUCAUAGGAUGAAGAGCUGGAAAGGACCAUACGGACCAGAGAGUUCAAACUGUCAUUUACAGAGGAGAAACCUGAGGCCAAGGUUAUCCAUGUAAUAAGUAGCAGUCUGGGCUCUGCACCCAAGCUUUCAGACCCCAAAUCCAGUCCUCUGCCUACUCUAG